GUUUCCAAACUUUUUUCACCUGUCUCGGGUAUCGUUGCCUUCGUUAUCAAUCAUUCUUGCAGUACGUCGAGCGAGGGGUAUUUCAACUCACCCCAGAAUUUGUACGUAAAUUCUUUGCUGAACUUCCAGAUGAUGAAAUACAUUCUGAAAGGAAACAUGAGAUUUUAAUCCAGUUGCCACAGUCUGACGCUUUAGAGAUAAUAGAGGACUGGAAGCAUCCAUUUGCCCUGAGGUACCUAGCUCAGCAGUACGUUGAAGAAACACUCAAACCCGACAGCUGUUUAGAAUAUCCGUUUUAUUUAAACAGAGAAACUGCUAUUGAGAAUGAGUCCAGUCAGGCCAGUGUCAGCUCAAGGCCUGUUCACUCAGAUGAUGACCAGGAGGGAAUCACAGCAGCAUUCCCACCUCUUGGGACUUUGUUAAAACUUUUACAAGAGAAAGAUCCGAAGGUAGUCGUCGUGAACAAUGGAGUGAAUAACCAACCUAGUUGCUUCCAGAUGGAGCCAAGGAAAGUCGAGCAAGUAGCCUUACUCAAUACUAUGGAGAAAUAUGGGAAUAAUCUGUCAGAUGUCACAUUCUAAAAUAACAGUUUUAAUAAUAAUGCAAUGGUACACACAUUUAUUAAGUAUAUACUAUCAACAUAAUUUAAUUUAGUUUAAAAAGUAUAUGAAAUAAUAUCCAAAUAAUUUAAUUUAGUUUAAAAUGUAUAUGAAAUAUUAAAACGUUACAAGUAAGGAAGAAUAAUUGAUUGAUCAAGAAAAAUUAUCAAUAUUGCAUAUGAUAUUAUAUAUUAGUAAUUACAGGAUUCUUUUCUGUUUGGCAUAAUGUUUAAACAUUUUUGGUAAUCAUAAAUAAAAAUACAACUACCGUAUUUGAAUAAUAGGGCAUUUAUUCGAGGGAGGCAUUCACUUUUUUUUUCUUUUUUUUUUUUUUAAAUUGAUACAUAAUCUACUGGAGUAAAACAUUAAUGUGUUAAGAGUGAUGUUGUAGUCUGUGGGAAAGAGCAUUUUUCACAGAACAAAUUGCAAGAAAAGGUUUUAUUACUGAAAUGUGUUAUAUGGACCAUACUAAACAUGAAUAUCAGCGUUAAGACAUUUUCGGACAUCUUGAAGUAUCCUAAUUUGCAUAAAUCAAAAUAGCUGCCAUUUUGCACAUUUAAGGCUUAAUAACUCCUAAACGACUAAUUUUUAAGUACAUGUUUCUGUUAAUGUUGUAUAGAAACAUGCAAUUGGCGUCCGACGACUACGACAUUUAAAUUAAAGUCAUUUAAUAAUAAAUACAAUAGUUUGGUAAUUGAACGAUUUAAUCAACUGGGCCCACAAAGCAAUUCUUAAGCUUUGUCUACAUUAUCUAUAAUUUCAUAAAAAAAAAAAAAAAAAGAAACGUUACAAUAAAUUUGAUGGAGCAGAGAGUUGAACACGAUCAACUUUUUGAUACAAUUUUAUGAUAAGUGGUAUGAUGUCAUCAUACUCGCAUAUGGGCACAUCACAUUUUUUGUCACAUAAAAUUUUAUAGUGUUGACAAGGCUAAAGAGAUAGAGGUCAUCAAACAACUUUUAGAUCAAAGCAAUAAAAAGUUAACAACAUGUAAUCAAAGUAGUAGUGUUCGACAGAUAUAUAAAGUUGAUAUACUGUUAUAAUGUACUUUUGUAAAACUUUGGUAUGGUGAAACAUCUCCACUAAUAAGUGUCACAGGGGUGGGCAGCCUGGGGGUCGGUCCAGAAUUUUUCAAAUUUUAUUAACAUUCAAUGCCUAUUAUGCAAUACCUUGAGAACUAAUUCGCCCGAAUAGAAAAAACGUGUAUACCAAGGGUUAAGUCUUCUUAGUUGGUAGAUUAGAACGGUUAAAACCGAAAAUGGAGAAACAAUGUAAUAUCAUAAAAGUCAUGAAAGCCACAGCGGUCGGAAAUGUGUUGAAUUGCUAUUGCAUUUCUAAGGUUGUAAGUCUUCAUCUUCUACAAUGUCUACAUUCACACACAUGCCAUCUUGACAUUCUUCACAAAAGUCAGUGCAGAAGAGCUCAUUCUUCUUGCAAGAACAUCAUUGUGUGUCACAGAAACCUUUGCAUUUGCAUCUUAUUAUGUUAUCAGUGUAUCUAGUGAAGGUUUUUUCUAUCCAUCAUACGUAAUUAUUCACAAUUUGAUACCUAAUUCCAACCCCAAUCCGUUGGUUGGAGAUCUUCGUUACCCAACCAUACAUGUGUCUGAUAAUAGACGCGAUAGCAGUGGUAUUUUGCAGCAACGCGGAAGAUCUUUGACUUCAACAACCUUUAGGCUUUAACAGGUUUCAAUUUCAAUUUUUUCUGCCGAAGUUCAUUUAAUGAUGUGCAGCAUUUGUGGUUACUGUAGACUUUAAUCAAAGCUUGUUCACCUGCUUCUUGUAUUUCCUUAUGUGUUGAUGACUUACAAAGAAAUGGUGCUGCAUAUUGACAAAGAGAAUUCUGCUUCUUGAUCACAACUCCUUUACCAAUUGAAAAUAGACUUGAAGUUGUGUACAGCCACAUAAAGAAUGGAACCUUCCACACACAUCAUUUCCAUGCGCCAGCUAGGCUGCAUUAACUUUUUCUGAAACCAUGAAUAGUGAUUUGCUAUUUGCUUUCAUGUGACAACAGAGAAAUAUGAGGAUAUCUGUGUCCUCCGCAAUGGCAUAUGUGACGUGUUUCGUCGCCAUCUCUGCUUCUUGAAUUAUCAAGAGGUCAGCAUCUCCUUUUGCAUGUUUUGUAUAGAUACAUAAAUUGACCAUUGCUUCAGAAAGGUCAAUAAAAGCCUGUUUGUUUUUCUUGUUUGCUAAGAAGACAUUUCGUUCCCAUUUAAGUUGAUGGUGUGGUCUUACUAGCCUUGCACAUUUGGUGGAACAGUAAUGCCCUUCGACCGUUUUUUGUGUGUUGAUUCUUUUGUUUGAAAGUGUAUUCUCUUAUCCAUCGAGCACAACUAUUUGGUUAGGGUAUCUCUUGACAUUGUCAACAUAUUUCGAAGCUAUAACAGCAAAUGUUUCCUCUUUGUUCCAUUGUACUCCCCGAAGCAGAGAGCAUCCAUCAAAAACAAUGCAUUCAGCAGGAAUUGCAGGUAUCACUUCUUUGAAUAAAUAACAACAUUUUUUCCAAAUAUUUAUAAUUAUGUUUGGGUGAAAUGUUAAAAAACAUUAUAAUGACCUUGAAUUGACCUUUGACCCAUCAUUCUUGGGGCUACUAUGUUUUCUGGGUAGGCAAUUGCAUGUUUCUAUUCAACAUAACAAAAACAUAUACCCCAAAAAAUAGUCGUUUAGGUUUUAUUAGGCCUUAAAUGUACAAAGUGGUGGCCAUUUUGAACUAUGCAAAUUAGGAUACUUGAAGAUGUCCAAAAAUGUCCUAACGUUGAUAUUCAUGUUUAGUAUGGUCCAUAUAACACAUUUGAGCAAUACAACAUUUUCUUGCAAUUUGUUUUGUGAAACAACCUUUUUUAGGUCCCGUAGGUUGUUUCCAUAAGGUUUUUUUACAGGGAUAUUUAUUUGAGGGGGCAUUUAUUCAAAGAGUGGCGUUUAGAGUAUUCGAAUAAUAUAGUAUAGGCACUUUCAGUAACUAAUUACAGCACUUUAAAAGUGGGAAAGUCUUGUCUAAUCUUAACAAAUUUGCUAAAAGAAAAUGGAAAAAAAUUUGCUUGUAUAUAAUAGCUCAUCAAAUUUAAGUACACAGUUAUAUAUAGAAGAACACAUGCAAUAGUAACAGAGGAAAAAAAAUGUAAAUAAAUAGUGUGUUUUUCAACUAAAAACAAUAACAUGAACCUAUAAAUAGUUAAACAAAUAUUAAAUUAUUAUUUUGAAUUGUGCUAUAAUUGAUAAAUUUGAUUAAACGAAAUGAUUUUAAAUAUUUUAUUAUUAAACCUAAUUUAAUUUUGUGCAGAAUGUAUGCUAAUUUUUAUGAAAACAAACAUUUCUAUAAGGUAUUUUAUUUAUAAAUUUAUCAGUGUGAUAACAUUUGAAAAAAGGUUACUGGAGUAGACACUUUCACAUUAUGUAAAUUGUAUUAAUAUCAAUAUCGGAUUACAUGAAAAUAACAUUUUUUUUGUUUAACUAC